CGAGCUUUUUAGUCAUUCCUGUAUUUUAUACCUUCUUCUUUCGGAAUUUAGAUUCUGAAACUGCUAUGACUAUUUUUUCCUUACUGUUGCAGGGAGUCGCUGCUACCUUCAAAGCAUUGUUACUACUGCCAAAAAGGAAGCAAUUAAAAGAUUUACUCUCCCUUUGUAGUAACUUGUGGAAAAGUAUAAACAGUGAAGAAGAAGCUCAAGUGGCGAAACAUUAUGCAAGAAGAGGGGUGAAGUUCACUUAUUUCUUCAGUCUCCUUGUUUUUACGGCGCUAAUAAAUGUCCUCGUGCAACCAAUGUUAGAUAAAUUUGUUGUCAAUUUAAAUGGUACAAUUAUAUCAAGCAGGGUUCUUCCUUAUCCCACAGGUUUAAUUCAUGAGAAUCUUAAAAUUUACAGUAUUUGGUAUGUACUGCAGAUUCCCGCUGGUAUGUUUAUUGUUAUAAUGAUAGUUGGAAUAGACACUGCGGUUGUAGUUUUUGUUCUGCACGCCUGCGCUUAUUUUCGUGUAUUGCAAUACCGAUUAGUAAAGUUUAAAGAAUUGUGCGAAAAAGAACAGAAAAAGAAUCAGAAAAAAGAGUCAAAGAAGAAGAUUUUUCAAGAAAUUGUAACGAUUGUUCAAUUUCAUCAAAAUAUUUUGCAGUUUUCGGCAACUGUGGAGCAUAUUGUUAAUCCUGUCAUACUUUUGCAAACAAUCUUAAGUAUAGCAGCUAUAUGCAUUUUUGGAAUCAAUUCUCUACUGAGGGAUGAAGAUAUUCUGCAUCAAGUUUUACACAUAGGUGGUAGUAUUUUGCAACUCUUUAUGUUUUGCUGGCCUCCAAGUAAUCUGCAAACGGAAAGCUUCGAGAUUAGCACAAAAGUAUAUGAAUUACCUUGGUAUGAUUGGCCGAAAAAGGAACAGAAGUUGUUGGAGUUGAUGAUUUUUAGAUCCCAAAAAUUUGUCGUUCUUUCUGCGGGCAAAUUUACUUUCAUGUCUCUGAGAACAUUUACUUCUAUUCUAUCAUCAGCCUAUUCAUUCUUUACACUUUUAAGGCGAAUAUUGUAA